UCCUAAAGUUGAAAGCACCCUUUCGUGGCUGAGCCUCGUGGUGCAGCAGAGGGAAAAACGUUUAAUCUAUACAUGCCACAAAGUCUAACAUACACAAGUUAGUUUCCAAUAUGGGUUCUACAUCAGUGGACAAGGAAGUUGAUGAACCUUUGCUGCUCUCAAGCCAACCCCCAUCAUCACCUUCAAGUUUCACUUCAAAGCACGGUUCAGACGGUGAACUUGAGCGAAUACUCACAAACACCAACGUCCCUUUUCGGAAGCGCAUAGGAGCCGCAACAUGGGUGGAGUUCAAGCUCUUGUUUCACCUCGCUGCUCCUGCUGUCAUCGUCUACCUUAUCAACUACGUCAUGUCCAUGUCCACCCAAAUCUUCUCCGGCCACCUCGGUAACCUCGAACUCGCUGCUGCUUCCCUCGGAAACAACGGCAUCCAAGUCUUCGCUUAUGGCCUCAUGUUGGGGAUGGGGAGUGCCGUGGAGACACUAUGUGGACAAGCAUACGGUGCAAAGAAGUACGAGAUGUUAGGAGUAUACUUGCAAAGAUCUACGGUGCUUCUCACUCUAUCAGGUCUUCUUCUAACCCUAAUCUACAUCUUCUCAAACCCAAUUCUAAUCUUCCUCGGAGAGUCCACAAGAAUCGCGUCCGCAGCCGCGCUUUUCGUGUACGGUCUAAUCCCACAAAUCUUCGCCUACGCCGCGAACUUCCCCAUCCAGAAGUUCCUUCAGGCGCAGAGCAUAGUGGCGCCGAGCGCCUACAUUUCCUCUGCGACUUUAUUGGUCCACCUGGCGUUGAGUUGGGUGGCGGUGUACGAGGUGGGACUAGGGUUGCUUGGCGCGUCGCUUGUGCUGAGCGUUUCGUGGUGGAUCAUCGUGGUUGCGCAGUUUGUGUACAUUGUGAAGAGUGAAAGGUGUAGGAAGACGUGGCGUGGGUUUAGUUUAGAAGCGUUUUCGGGGUUGCCGGAGUUCUUCAAGCUGUCGGCGGCGUCGGCGGUGAUGCUGUGCCUGGAGACGUGGUACUUCCAGAUUUUGGUUUUGCUUGCUGGGUUGCUUCCUCACCCUGAGUUGGCUCUUGAUUCUCUUUCUAUUUGUACCACAGUGUCUGGAUGGGUUUUCAUGAUCUCAGUUGGAUUUAACGCAGCUGCAAGUGUGAGAGUGAGCAACGAACUCGGUGCAAGAAAUCCAAAAUCAGCUUCAUUUUCAGUGGUGGUGGUGACAUUGAUUUCUUUGAUAAUAUCAGUCAUUGUGGCAGUGGUAGUGCUGGCAAUUCGAGACAUCAUUAGCUAUGCCUUCACAGAUGGUGAAGAGGUCGCUGCUGCUGUCUCAGAUCUUUGUCCCCUCCUUGCUCUUUCUAUUGUCCUCAAUGGCAUUCAGCCUGUCUUAUCUGGGGUGGCGGUUGGAUGUGGAUGGCAAACUUUUGUUGCGUAUGUGAACGUUGGUUGCUAUUAUGGAAUUGGAAUACCAUUGGGUUCAGUUCUUGGUUUCUAUUUCAAACUUGGUGCUAAGGGAAUAUGGGUGGGAAUGUUAGGUGGCACGGUUUUGCAAACAAUUAUUUUAGUGUGGGUUACAUUUCGAACGGAUUGGAAUAAAGAGGUUGAAGCAGCAGCAAAGAGGUUGAACAAGUGGGAGGAUAAUAAAGAGCCACUUCUAAAGAACUGAAGCUCGUUAUCAUUUUCACUAUUAUAUAAAUCGGAUUUUGCAUCUUGCAACUUUUCAUAUUCCUUAUUUGUGUGGUUGAAGACGCUCUGUAUUUUCAUAUUUAUUUAAAAAUGUAUAAAAAUUAUUUAUAUUUGUUAAAUUAAUUGAUAGUAUUUGAAUCUCAA